AUGAUUGAAAAACACAUUUCAGCCACGCUACCAUAUUCUCCUCUCGUCACUUUAUAUCAACCAUCACCCACCAUCACUACUAAUCUUUCUAAAAAAUCCGCAUUACUUCUCACCUCAUACAAAUAUGAAUCUCAACGCGGUCAUAUUUCCUUAUACAAAGAUAUCAUGAACGAGCUAAUGUCAACCGGUAUUUCUUGCGUGGAAAUGAAGUUCACGAGUAAACCCGAAAAUUUAGAAUAUUGCAUUCAAGAUAUACUUGAAAUUAUUGAGAAAUUGAAACGUGAUCAUGGAAUUGAAAAAUUUGUGGUUGCGGGUUGGAGUUUUGCUGGUGCGAUAGUAUUACGUAUUGCUGCAUUGAAGCGUUCGAGAUUGAUAUGUGGUUGUGUGACACUUGCUAUUCAGUCAACAGAACCAAUUUCAAUAGACAUAAUGCGAAAAAUAUCUCCGUUGCCUAUUCUCAUAAUUCAUGGAUACAAGGAUGAUCAAGCCCAAAUUUGCAUUUCUAAAGAAUUAUAUCGUAAUGCGUUAGCGCCCAAGGGAAUAUAUUUACCUUUUAGUGUUGAUCACCAUUUUACCGUAAAAGAAAAUACAACGAAAAAAAUUGUUAAUUUUUGUAAGAACGUUUUGAGUGAGAUUUGGGAAUGA